AUGACUGCUGCGGGUUUCCAGACGACGCUGAAAUUCGUGCUGGACUGGUUGUUGAGAGAACCCAGUGUUCGUAAAGUGUGUAUGGUCUUCACUAAUUUACUACAGCGCCUUAAUACGCUCAUGUACGGUUAUAAAGGGGACCCGGCAGGAACGCAAGUCGCUGUUGACGACGAUGAGGAGCAGCUCGAUUGGAACGAUGGUGAAGAAGUUCGAGCGUUUGCGAAUGAUGAGUUGAGAGCAUCCAACUGGGCAGCGGACAGAGACGUUGCUGAGAUGCGGAAAAUAAAUAAAUUCAUGGGCUACUAG